CUGUCAAAUGCCAAUUGCAAAGUUGACACGAAGUAGACCAAAUUUAAGCAAUGUCCGAUUAUCUUUGCAAAUUCGAAUACGUCCACGACGACAAAAUUCUCGAAGCAGAAAUUAAAAUUCCGUUUGAAGGAAGUGUGGAAGAACUAGCCCACGUUUUAAUUCUAAAAAAUAACGCCCCUAUAUUUAUCGAAAAAGAUGUGAUAGAGCGCUUAUCUCAAUUCAUCAACGAAAGCAGCAUACUUUACCAUAACAAUUACACCACAAAACUCGCCGAGAAAGCACGAAGUGAUAGCGCAAACAUUGAUGAAAUCACUAAAGAAUGGGAAAAAUUGAUGAAGGAAGAAAUGGCGGAGUAUGGAGAGAAGAGAUGCGCUUCUGACGAAGAAUUAUUUGCAACUGCCUACCACAAAAUGGUGCAUUCGCCAGCUUUAGAAACCAUGCUACAAUUAGAGCACAUGUAUUCGAAAACGGUGCGCUCGAAAACUGAGGAAAAGAACAGGUGUAUACAAGAACUGUCAGAGAAGCAAAGUGAAGAGAUGAACCAAGCUGUAGAUAGGUUAGAGCAAGACAUGACUGAGUCAAAAAUAAACGAAUUAGUGGCGAGGCAUUAUGAAGACCACUCCUUGUUGAAAGUUCGAUUAACUAGUGAGCUUGAUACUAUUAAAGAAGCACAGAGAAGGGAGUAUAGGGAGUGGUUGAUGCAAAUGUUGGAACAGAAUCAAGCUACAAAUUCGUUACCAACUCCUAAUUCUCCUUUAACUCCUCAUUCACCUCAGCCAACAAUAUAUACUUCAAGUGGUAACAGGGAAAUAAGUAAACCCGUUUUGGAGGAAAGUUUCACCAUACAUUUAGGUUCUCAAUUAAAACAAAUGCAUAAUAUACGAAUUAUAUCAGCAAAUGUGAUGGAGUUGUGUGCUGUUGAAGACAACGACCAGUCUUCAGAACCCAAACCACAGUUACUACAAACGGCCUUAGCUCUAUAUUCUAAUGAUCUUUCAGGACUUGUUUUAAUGACUGAUAAUAAAGUAGGGUCGCGAUUAACGCAAGAUUUUCAGGAGAUUUGUCAAAGGACUAACGAAUUUCAUUUUCCGCAUGUAGAUGAUCAACUUGACAAAAUUUCUGCUACUGCGCAUCAGUAUUUAAAGUCUCAGCUGAAAGAAACUACUAGCAGGAAUACCAACAGUGAAUUGUUGCAAGCUGGUGACUUUUAUAUUACUAGACAUUCCAAUUUAGCACAAGUACAUGUUGUUUUUCACAUGGUUUCUGAUGAUAGUUUGAGAGGUAGUGACAUUAAUAGUAGACAUCCAGUGGUUUUAGGACUGAGAAAUAUUCUUAAAACUGCGUGUUCUAAUGACAUCACGUCUUUGACUAUCCCUUUGCUAUUGCAGUAUGACAUGACAGAGGAGAUGACAAUAUCUUGGUGCGAAAAAAGAGCAGAACUGGUUUUCAAAUGUGUCAAAGGUUUUAUGAUUGAAAUGGCGUCGUGGGGCGGUUCUGAUCUAAAAAAUUUACAAUUCAUGCUACCGCAAGGCAUUUCUAGUAGAGUAUUCCAAUCCUUAACUGAAAUGUUACCAAGAAUAUUCAAAGUAUCAAACCCAAAAAUACUAAAAUAAAUUAUUUAUCUUGUGAUAUGUAAAUAAAAACAAUAUGAACUUUUACAUUAACAUUCAUUAAAUACAUAUUUCCAAAAA